AUGAACCUUGUGGAACACCACAAUUUCCUCGUCCAAGUCUUGGCAUCCGCCCGCCGCCCUUUUACUUGGGAAAACGCCACACGCACGCCCAGCGUGUGCAGUGCUUCGGACACGAACUACAAGUGCCUUACUAUUAAUAACCCCCCAAAAACAUUUGCUUGCCUCGCCCCUAUGGGCGGCGUCAGUGCCACAGCAUUGAUUGCUAGCUCAAACGUCGACCCGAUGUUCUUCGCUGAAGAGAACCAGACAAUGAGGAAAAGAAGCAGUGGAGGAAAAGAGGAGGCCUCUCCCCCCUCCCCAACGGCAUACGCGCAUCGGGCUAAGCAAGAAAUGCGGCAGCCAUCUUGGACGCCGUCUACUGACCUCCAUGCCACGACAGAAACGGAAAUUGACAAGAGUGGACAUGCUCGAUUCGCAACGUACGAGUACGAGUACCAAGCCGCGAUGUUCCUCUUGACAGACAAGCACUUUGCUCGAAACAUGGAUACCAAAGAAUAG